AUGGCUGGUAACGGUGACCAUAGUGUCAUGUCGCUCAUCAUCGCGCAGUUUCCAGAGCUUUUCUACCCCGACUCCAGCUCCGACUCCAGCUCUGGUUCCAUCUCUAAUUCCAUCUCUGGUUCCAGCUCCGGUUCCAGCUCUGAUUCCCGCUCCGACUCCGGCUCCGGCUCCGGUGACUCUAUUGCUUAUUCGGAUGCAACCAACUCUAGUGUCGAGCUAAUCUUUCCCUUUGACGAAGACGACAUUGAGACUGCACCUCUCCUUGGAAUCGAUCGCUUUACUCAUGCCCGGCUACAGAACUUUUUCGAUCUUUUUGAUAUCGGUGUUGAGGCUGGCCAUAUACAGUGUCUGGACCUAAUGGAAACACUCGGAAUUUUUGUCAUUUUGCCCCCAAGUUUCCACAGGCCAGGAUUACAUACCAGACUCUAUCACACAGAUCCUUCGCGCGAGGGAGAAUUUAGCUUCUGCUUACCAUUCGCACCGAAUAGGAUAAUCUCAUGGGAAUCACCUGAUACGGCCUUUGUGAUUGAGAUUCGAGAUUCCACUAGGUUUCUGAUCAGCGUUGGUUAUGGUGGACGGUAUAUGGGCGCAAUGCAUAUGCUCGAGGAUCUCUACGAGCAGCUGUAUGGCUCAUAUUAA